AGGUUAGACUGCUAAUUAAACAUCCGCAUUCACAUAACACGGAAGCUGGGAAAGUUCUCUUCUCUAUAAAGAGUUCGGUUUUUCUCUGGUUACUUUUUUAUUUUGCUCAAGUUUUGCACCUGAUUUGGUCAUGUGAUUGAUUGUGAGUUUCCUUAUCGACAAGAUACAACAUGUUCCUCAGUUCAGACUGAUAGUACAGUGAAGAUCUGCAGCUCAGAUAUGAAGUGCUCUGCUCUCAUAAUCCUGAUGCUCAACAGCUUCUGUGCCUUCUCAGAAAUUCCUCAUGAAAUCAUCUAUUUUGUGGGCUGCUUUGUGAAUGGCACAGCUGAGGUACAGUUUGAGUUUGAUGGUGAGGAGAUUUUAUAUGUGGAUUUCCCGAAAGAGGAGAUUAUCUACACUGUGCCCAGAUUUAUUAAUCCUGAUCCAAGUCAAAUUUUGGUGGGUUUGAGUAUACUUAGAGAUGCUCUGGAAAAUAAGGACUUCUGUUCAUUUUUUACUGUAAUCGGUGCAGAGAUAGCGAAAAUUCCACCAGAAGAAAAAAACCCCCCAGAGAGCAUCCUCUACCCUGCAGAAGAAGCUCAGCUGGGAGUUGAAAACAGCCUCACCUGCUUUGUGAAUCAUUUCUACCCGCCUGACAUCAAAGUCAGCUGGACUAAAAAUGGUCGUCCAGUGUCAGAAGGGGUGUCACUCAGUCGCUAUCAUCCCAAUGACGAUCAAACCUUCCACCAGUUCUCUACUCUGGCUUUUACACCAAGGGAGGGGGACAUUUAUAGCUGCACUGUGGAGCACUCAGCCCUGGAAUGGCCUAAAACCAGGAUCUGGGAGCUUGACUUGAAUCAACCCAGUCUUGGACCAGAUAUUUUCUGUGGAGUGGGCUUGACUCUGGGCUUGAUGGGAAUUGCAGUUGGAGUAUUUUUAAUUGCAAAAGGACACCAUGGACAAUAAUUUCUCUAUUGCUGAAUAUGGCAGUUUUUGAAAAUGAAUAUGGUGUUGUAUUCAUACUUAAUGAAUUAUAAAAAAAACACUAUGAUUAUGGAGUGCAACAUCUAUAACCGUCUGACCCUUUAUUUUGCCUUACAGGAGUUGUGGAAACUUUAUUGGCAUUUUCAUGGGCACAUUCUCUAGUCACAUUUGCCAGAUGAAAUUACACGUAAAAUGGUCAUUAGAAAUAGAAUGAUCCGCCAUACCUUAAUGAAAAACUCCAAGGAGAGAAGCCAUGUGCAACUGCAACUUAGGUUGAAUUUUUUGGCUUUAAUAUAGUGAGUACAAAAGGAAGGGAAUUCAAUAAUUAAAAUUUUUAAAGAGUGUGAAAAAGCCUGAUGGUCUGAAUAAAUAUUAAAUUUAAUGCCUUUAUUUUUUAUUUACUGUUGUUUCUGUCUGCCUUCCAGUUCUCUGCCUUUAUAUGAUAAUGGGGCAAUAUAUUAGCAAUGUACAGUCAGGGGAGAGCUUCUGGGUUAUCACACUGUCACUUGUUCAAAAAUUGCCAUGUCACAUACUGUUUGUUUGCUUCUGUUUUGCCACUUCCUAUUAGGAACACAAAGUUAAUACAUACAGGUGCUUUAUAUUCUUAUAUUAUUUAAAUGUACAUGAUUUGUGAUGCUUGAGCCUGCUAUCACUAUAUUCAUUUGAGUGAAGCUGUAAAAGAACACUAUAAAUAAACAAAUCAAUGAAGA